AUGGAAGACGACGACCACUAUAGUAAUUCAAAGGAUUAUCAGGACGAUGUGCAGGAUCAUAAGAAGGCGGAUGCCUCCUCGCCGGAUCAUGAGCUUGUCGACGAUGGCUCGAUAACUGCCACCAUCUCUACUACUACUACUACUACUACUACUUCCACCAAAUCAGGGAAACGACGAAAACGAAAGAAAAAACUGUCCAUGGAUGACUUGAAACGCAAGGUUUCAGAGUUGAUGCAGAUUUUUGAAGAGCAUGGCAUCUUUGUCCCGCCACCCGAAAGUACCAAUGGCCAAAAGAACAAGGUAUGGAGCAAUCGGAAUUAUGGAGCAGAUAAGAAGCGACAACGGAAGAAUGCUGAGCGAGAGCUCAUCGAGGCACGCAUAGUGCAACUGGAGUCAUGUUUGAAAUCCGACCAUGGGUUGUUAUUGUCAACUACAUUGAAUGUCGAAUUCGACCAAGACACCUGA